UGCUCCUCUCUCUCGCUCUCUCUCCCUCUCUACCUUACCUUACCCACACUCUCACCCGCUCCCACACUCUCACGCUCCUUCACCCACCAUUGUCACUCUCUCGACCUCCACCAGACUGUCCUAUUGUGCAGGCCCAGUGCUUCACUCUACCAGUCGUUCCAUUCAUUUAGCACUGCCCGCUCCAGCUUCAACCAAAACAAAACAACCACCCGCACCCGACAGAACGACAUUUCGCGCAAGGUGUGCAUACCAGACCCAGCCCCUGCGGAACCACAACACGCAACAACACGCGGCAUUUCCACUGCACGAGCUUCGCAUCGCCCGCCCCGCCGAGACCCCAUCGAUAUCGAUUGAUUCCGCAUACUCACCCAUCGCAUCAUCAGCAUCACGAAUCUUCGUUCCUUCCGUCUUCGUGCAGCGCGCGAAGCUUGUGCAUACACUUCAGCCACCACUACCGCGACCGCUCUCUCUUCCACACACCACUGCGCCGGCAACGCAGAGCAUCAUCAGCAGCUUCAUCAUCACCACUGCGCAGGCGCUCAACCACAGCAUCCCCUACCAUCAGCGCCAGGCGCGACAGCAGCAACAUGAAGACUUUCACCACCGUUACGGCCCUCGCCCUCGCUGGCAAUGCCGCCGCCUUCUGGCGCAUGCCAUGUCGCUCGACUACGGGUAUUGCCCGUAUCGACCCUCUGGUUGCACCCAACGAUGUCGCUGACCAUGCGCACAUUGUUUUUGGAGGUGGAAACUUUGGCAUGAACACGACCUACGAGCACCUGACCAAGUGCCCCGACGAAGAGUACGACUGCACAUCGUGUGGUGUCAUCCAGGACAAGUCCGCCUACUGGACCCCGCCACUCUACUUUCAGCACAGCAACGGUCAAGUCGAAAUGGUCGAGAACGUGGGAGGCAUGCUCGCGUACUACCUGUUCUACCUUGAUGACCUCAAGCCCUUCCCCGAAGGCUUCCAGAUGAUCGCCGGAGACCCAACCUACCGCAACUUUACCGGUCCCUUCCCGGAUGAGGAGUUGAGCUUGUGGCCCACCGAUCCGACCGAUCAGUUCUUCCUCAAGCAGCGCGCCAUCGGCUUCAACUGCUUGAACUAUGGCAAACAGCCCGAAGCCUCUCUCUACCGCCACGUCUUUCCAACCAAGGAGGAGAUGGACAACAACUGUGUCGAUGGUCUGCGCCUCGAAAUGGCCUUUCCAUCGUGCGGCACGGGUGAGAUCGACUCCCACGAUCACCGAUCGCACGUCGCCUACCCAUCGCUCGUCAAGGAAGGUAACUGCCCCGAAGGUUAUGACGUCCACUACCCAUUCCUCUUCUUCGAGACCAUUUUUGCCACCCAGAAGUUCGCUGGAAUGCCGGGCCAGUUCAUCCUCUCCACCGGCGAUCCCGUCGGAGCCAGCUACCACGCCGACUUCAUGAUGGGCUGGGACUCGGCCGAGUUCCUUGGUGAAGCCAUCAACACCUGCACCAGCCCAUCGGGUCAAGUCCAGGACUGCCCUCUCUUCACCCUGCAGAGCGACAGUGACGCAGCCAAGUGCACCUUCGCGAUGCCCAAGGAUCUCGAAGAAGAUGACUGCCAUGGUCCACGCGAUGGUCUGCCCGUUGGCGUCCCGAUUCAGUACGGCCCCGAGGCUGCUACCAAGUACCCGGUCGCAGGUGCUUACGGCGGAGGAUCCACCGUCAAGACCAGCACCAUUCCUCACACCUCGGCCCCAUCAACCUUCACCCCAUCCGCUCCAGCGUACUCGCCCGCCAACCCGUCCGUGACGUCCACUGCACAGGGAGGCAUUGUUGUCGCUCCGAACAGCAUCAUUAGCAGCACGAGCAUCAGCAGCACGAGCACCAGCAGCAGCUGCUCCAGCAGUACCAUCACAUCUGCACCAAUUUCCAGUGCUUCUGAUACGCCGGAUAUCACGACGACGUGGAUCACCAAGGGUAGCGAAGUGUGGGAGAUGGUUAUCCAAGAAGUGGACCUGACCGUCACCGCGACUGCUACCGCACCUGCCCCAGCUGGAUACGGAGCACCCCCAACAUACGGAGCACCCCCAUCAUACGAGCACAAGCGUCAUCUCGACAAGCACGCUCACCACCACCGGAUUUGAGCGUUGAUACCCAGAAUCAUAGCAAACACCUCGGUGUUUACAUGUCCAGUGCAUUGAGCGGCAUUUCGGGAGGCACGGUGUUUUUAGUGUUUCACAGUCUGAUGAAGUCCACACUCUAACCGAGUUGGGUAUAUGCGGGAAUCGAGCACCAGGAAGAAGGCAGCCAUCGUCAACUUGUAGCGAGGCAGGUCCUGCGCGUGCAAACUGUAACAUAUGCAGAUUCCAAAGAAAGAAAAAAACAAACGAGAGAAAAAAAAAACUAGCCCUUAUGACACGCACUUUGAUGGUAAGAUGAGCCCGAAGGCAUCGGCACCAUAGUUUUAUCAUGGCAUACACAUACCAACACAUGACGGCUGAAGGCGACGAGCGAGACAAAAAGCUGUAGCAGCAUUGUGAGCUGAGCAGUCUUGAGAUGACCCCCCUUUUUUGAACCAGCGAUGAGACUUGUUUGUUUGUGUACCGCAGUUCUGUUCUUCUUUUUCUGUUUACUUUUUGCUUCGUUUACAAACUUUACAUUCACUUCUUGGUCUCUCUACUGACUGUGACUUGG